AUGACAGACUCAACGGCAGCUGAUUCCAAAAUUAACCAUGCCGCCUCCUUGAAAUACUGGAACAGUGUUCCAGCCACCACCGGCAGCAUGCUUGGCGAAUUCCCAUCAGUGUCACGCAUUGACCUACAAGGGUCCAAAACCUUCCUAGCCAAGGUCCGCCGUUUAUUACCCGGAGUCCAAUCCGAGGGCAAAUUCCACCAAGGUGUUGAUUGUGGUGCCGGCGUCGGUCGGGUGACAGAGGGUUUCCUAAGCCAUGUCUGUGAAGUGGUAGAUGCGGUAGAGCCGGUAGCCAAGUUCACACAAGUGAUGCAAGACAGCCAAUUGAAACGGGACGGCGUCGUUGGGACCGUUUACACGCGCGGCCUGGAAGAUUGGACCCCAGAAAAGAAAUAUGAUUUGAUCUGGGUCCAGUGGUGUGCCGGUCACCUCACGGAUUCACAGCUCAUUGACACUACCGUGCGGUGCCGCAAAGCAUUGACUGAGAACGGUCUUAUGGUUUUCAAGGAGAAUCUGUCCACCCAUUUCUCGGGUCAGGAUAUGUACGACAGUGAGGAUAGCAGUGUCACAAGGACAGAUGCGAAAUUCAGACAGGUCUUUGAGGCUGCCGGCAUGGAGGUCGUCAAGUCGGAACUCCAGAAGGGGUUCCCCAAGUCUUUCAAUCUCUUGCCUGUGCAAUUCUAUGCCUUGCGGCCGAAGACAUCCAAUUAG